UCUGAGCACAGUGACGCUCUAACGGCUGUGCGCUCAGUGCGCUGCUGUAGCGGCACGCAGCCGUUGAUGACGCACAGUAGCGGCAGAGAUGAUCAGCACCGCUGGCUCUGGACGUGUUCGCUCCCUGUGUCUGUUUACAGCCGCAAAUGGACAGUUAUGUAGUCUGUAAUUGUACCAGGAAACGUCGACGGAGGUGAAAAAUGACAGCAUUUGUAGACAGUUUCGGAGCGCGUACCGUGUAGUCUCGUUCUCGCUGAGGAAGGAUACGGCUGCGCGUCGUCGUCAGGCACCGUCCUGGAGAUGGACGGGAGGACUGCGGAAACCGGGAAUGACGGGAGGACGAGUGAGGAAGCGGCCGCCGGCCUACAGCUUGACUUGGGGGACACCGAUUCAGCCAAGCGGGCUCAGAUAACAGAGAUGCCGUCCCCAUUCGGAGUGGGCCCAGCCCAUGAGAAAAAGAUUGGCCACAGGAGGGUAGAUGCCUCUGGAGAGACCACAUACAAAAAGACCACCUCCUCUGCCUUGCAAGGGGCCAUCCAGCUGGGUAUUGGAUAUACCGUUGGUAACCUCAGCUCCAAGCCUGAGAGAGAUGUGCUGAUGCAAGACUUUUAUGUAGUGGAAAGCAUCUUCUUCCCCAGCGAGGGCAGUAACCUCACUCCAGCCCAUCACUACCCAGACUUUAGGUUUAAAACUUACGCCCCUGUGGCCUUCCGCUAUUUCCGAGAGCUGUUUGGGAUCCGACCAGAUGACUACCUGUAUUCUCUGUGUAACGAGCCACUGAUCGAGCUGACAAAUCCAGGAGCUAGUGGCUCCAUAUUCUAUGUAACCCGCGAUGAUGAGUUCAUCAUCAAAACUGUUCAGCAUAAAGAGGCAGAGUUUCUACAGAAACUCCUUCCUGGAUACUAUAUGAACUUGAACCAGAACCCCCGGACUUUGCUGCCAAAGUUUUUUGGCCUCUACUGCGUCCAGUGUGGGGGCAAGAACAUCAGACUUGUUGUGAUGAACAAUAUUUUACCGCGCUCUGUACGCAUGCACACCAAGUUUGAUCUGAAGGGCUCCACAUACAAGAGGCGAGCAUCCAAGAAGGAAAGAGAGAAGUCCAAACCCACUUUUAAAGACCUGGACUUUCUGAGCGACGUUCCUGAAGGCCUCACUCUGGACCAGGACACAUACAGUGCUCUGGUCAAAACUCUGCAGAGAGACUGUCUGGUUCUGGAAAGUUUUAAGAUUAUGGACUACAGUUUGCUGCUGGGGAUCCAUAACAAGACCCAAGCGGAGCGAGAGCGACAGUCUCAAGGCUCUCCUGCAGGAGGCGGGGAUGAGAAGAAGCGUGCCGCUCAGAAAGCCUUGUACUCCACUGCCAUGGAGUCUAUACAGGGAGGCUCCACAUGCAGGGACACACUGGACCACGAUGACACUAUGGGUGGCAUUCCAGCUGUGGGUGGUAAAGGAGAACGCCUCCUGCUGUUUAUUGGAAUCAUUGACAUCCUGCAGUCCUACAGAAUGAUCAAGAAACUGGAGCACUCUUGGAAGUCCCUCAUCCAUGACGGGGACACAGUGUCAGUUCACAGACCUGGUUUCUAUGCUGAGAGGUUCUACAAAUUCUGUAGCACCACUGUCUUCAGGAAAAGCUGCUCACUGCGAUCGUCUCCAUCUAAAAGAGGACGAGGGGCUCCUUCCAUGUCCAAGUCCGGUGCUGGAACAGGUUCAGCGGGGCAGCGUCCCUCAGUGAGUGACGAGAAGCAGGAAAACUUAGACAACUUGGAGAACCUACGCGGAGCUCGUAGCUUCCCCAUGCUGGAGGAUAAUGCGAGAGAGCCACCCUGCACUCCUCCUUCCUUCGAAGAUGCUACCACAGCUUCUAUCGCUACCACACUCUCUUCUAACAACUCUUUACCCACCACCCCCUUCGACACACCAGAGCACCCACGCUACAGGAGACAAAUGCAUUCCCCAAGUGUGGCCAGGUCACAGAAAGUUGAGGUUCAUGGGGAAAAGCAGGAUACCAUAACAGUGGAGGUGGAGCUCAGUAAAAUCCCAAAGAGCACGGAGCUCACACAGUUGACAGAAAUGGCUUCCCCCAGCCACCUGUCACCCGAUCAUCAACCUCACGUCUUUGCCCCAUCCACCCCUCCCUCCAUCAAUCCAUCCUCGGCACAUUCUUCCACCACCCUUCCUCCUUCCUCUGUGUCUUCCUCCUCUGCUGCUCAGUCAGCUAGCCAGUCAUCCUCCACACUUGCUACAUCCAUCCGUCCAUCCACCAAACCACUCACCUCUCCCACAGUGGCUCAGUCUUCCACUCUUUCUUCCCCUGUCUGUCAUUCCACUGCACAAUCCAAGUUUAUCACCUCAACUCCAAACUCCUCCACCCUACCUCCUGCCUCAGCAUUUACUCCCAUCUGCCCUGCAUCUCCUCACUCCUCCAUCCGGAGCUCCUCGCACCAUCUCCCCUCGACCCCUCCCUCCUCACAGCCUCCAAGCCCCCAGGUGCCUCCGCAGGCGCCGCGUACAUCUUGCAAUCAGCUGUCUGUGUCCAGCAGCCACAACUCAUUGGAUGGGGAGGUGCCGGUGUCUGACAUCUACUUUUAUGCAGAUGGCAGAUACUGGGUGUACUCUCCAGUUCUUGGCCGUCGUAAGCUAAACUCUAGCUCAAGUUACAAUCAGAAUCAGGAGGAUCGGAGCUGGGUGUUCUCUCCUCUGCACUCCGGCUCAGAGUCCAGAAGGGGCUCAGAUGGGGAGAGUGAGACAUAACUCACAGUGGAGACAGCAGUGAUGGGUGGAGCCAGAGUCUGUCUCCAUAUACAGAAGCUGUGAGGUUUUAAUAAUAAAGCCACCAAGACACUAUGAGAAUUGUUGUUUGUUACCCAAAUUGCAUGUGGAAGCUU